CCAUCACAGCUCACCGGCCGUGUUUACGUUCCGUCUCGGUGACCUCCCCCCAACCCUCACAACCCCACCUCGCCGUGGCCUCGCGAAGAGCGGCGAGGCGGGCGGACACCGCGGUGCGAGAAGCCCUCGCCGCCAUGCCGCCUCGAGCGCGCCGCGUCGGCUGAGCGCCGCGCCCCGCCUCGCGUCUAAGUGGCGGCGGCUGCGGCCUACCUCGCUCUCACGGGCCCUACCCAUUUGCCUGAAUGCCCUAACGGGCGAGGGGUGCGCCCUGCCCGGUAAGGCAGGAGAUUAACCCCCCCCCCCUCCCCGACCCAAAGCUUCGCUUCGAACCAGCCCCUAGUCGUUCCCUUACAAGCCGCACCAUGAGCGUGCGCGCAUUUUCCCUCGUGCCCGUGACGGAGCGAGGCGACCUGCCGCCUGCGGACGCCGUGGUGAGCUUGGAGCGAAGCGGCGAGCGUCUGUACGCGGGCGCCGCGAGCGGCAUGCUGCACCGCCUCGCGAUGCCCGAAGGCGCCGCCCGCGCUCGCCUCGUCUGCUCGCGGCCGGCGCCGCCGAUGCCUCAGGCGGGGUCGGCCACCUGCCUGCGCGCAGCCUCGGCGCUCGGGCACUUGCUGGUGCUGUGGGCCGACGGCUGCCUACGCGUCGUGGACAUGGAUGCGCUCGGAGACGCGGCCGUGAGCGGUGCGGCGAGGCUGCGCGGCGUGGCGGCGUUUUGCCUCAACGAGAACCCCGUCGGCACGGAGGCGUUCUGCGUGCAGCUGUGUGUGGCGUCUAUGAAGCGCAAGGUCGUGCAGAUUUACCUGGUCCGCGGGGACCGCAUUCAGCCACUGCGUGACCUCGCGACCCCGGAGCUGCCCGUUGCCGUGGCAGCAGACGGAGCCUUUGUGUGCGUCGCCAUGACAACGCGAUACGUGAUGCUCAACUCCUCCACGGGAGCCUGCCAGGAGCUGUUCCCGAGGGAGCAAGAGGAGGAGGAGGAUGAGACGGAGGGGUCGGGGGGAACCACCGCCCCCAUCGUGAAGCGCAUCGCCAAGGAGGAGUUCCUGCUCACUGGGCCCGGCUCGCUCGGAAUGUUCGUGACGUCGGAGGGUGUGUCGCGUCGGGCCCCGGUCCGCUGGGGUGAUGGCGUGCGCGGCGCCGCGCUGGCACCGCCGUACCUGCUGGCGCUGGGGGCCCAGCUCCUCACCGUGCACAGCCUCCUGGACCAGCAGCUCAAGCAGAGCAUCCCCUUCACGGGCGGGCACUGCCUCGACAGCCUGGAGGGGAAGCUGCUGGCGUGCGCGGGCGGCCAGCUCUUCGCGCUGGAGCCGUGCUCGCUCGAGAGCCAAGUGGGGGACCUGCUGGCGGGAGGCCGCGUCGACCAGGCGCUGGAGCUGGCGAGGGCGUCGCGUCACACGAUGCCCCGCGACCGCUACGCGUCGCUGUACGAGCGCGUGAAGCAGCAGGCGGGCUUUGUGGAGUUGGCGUUGGGCCGCCUCCCUGAAGCCACGGAGCUUUUCAGGAGCGGCCGCCUGGACGUGCGCGAGCUCGCCUCGCUGGUGCCCGACCUCCUGCCGCCCUCCUCCUCCUUCUCGCGCACGCACCCCCCGCUGCACCCACACGCCGACCUCACCACGCUCACCGGGGGACGCCCCCACCUCGCCGCCUCCGUCCGCCGCUUCCUCGCCUCCCGCCUGGCGGAGGCGCGCUCCGCGGGGCCCCCCGACUCGCGCGCUGUCGUGCUCAUCGGCGGCGGCGGGGGGGCUCUCCCCAGCCCCCCCCCGCCCGGCCCGCCGGGCUGGCGGGAGGACGUGGACACGGCGCUGGUGAAGCUGUACGCCGAGGAGGGGGACGAGCGGCUCUUCGACCUGCUGGCGGGCGGCGACUGCGCCGCUCACUUGCAAGACUCUGCCGCUCACCUGGAGCGCCUCGGCAGGUAUUUUGCACUCGGUCUGCUCUACCACCACCAUCAGCAGGACGACGUGGCACUGCAGUACUGGGUGCGAGUGGUUGACGGGGAGCUGAGCGACGCAUCGCGGCCCGACCUCUUCUCAUUCGUCGUCGACUUCCUGAGCUACUGCCCGAGCGCCAAGCUGGUGUGGAGGCACUCCGCCUGGGCCCUGCAGCGCAGCGAGGAGACAGGAGUCCACAUCUUCACCAAGCGGCCGUGGCGAGAGGAGGGGGAGGCGCGGGGGAGCGAGGAGCUGUGCCCCGACGAGGUGGUGCGGUUCCUGGGCCAGUUCCCGCGUGCCCUGAUGGCCUUCCUAGAACACCUGGUGCUGGAGAGGCGGGUGCAGGAGGAGAGGCAUCACACGCACCUCGCCACACUCUACUUGGAGGACGUCCUCGACAUUCUGUGCAACCAUCAGCCUGACGACCACGGGGGGUCACCGGGUUUCACGGCGGGGUCACAGGGCGCCAAGCUGGCCGCGGCACGGGCCAAGCUGCAGCUCAUGCUGCAGGAGUCGGAGCUCUACCGUGCGGAGUUCCUGCUCGGGAAGCUGGGUGCCUCUCCGCUGCUGGCCGAGCGGGCCUUGCUGCAGGGCCGUCUGGGCGACCACGGCGGCGCCCUGCACACUCUGGUGCACGGCGCGCACGACCUCCCCGCGGCGCGCCGCUACUGCUCCCGCCACCCGGACCCGGCCCAGCGCCGCCGCCUCUUCCACCUCCUCCUCUCCGCCUGCCUGGUGCCGCCGACCGGGCCCUGCCAGUCCAACGGGCCGGAGCGCGGCGCCGCCCGCAACGGGACGGGCGCGGGGCCCGACGACGACGGCGCCUACGACGGGCACGACGGCGCUCGCCGUGCCGUCGAGACCGACGCCGUGGCCGUGGCGGACCUGCUGAACGGCGAGGCCCCCGAGUUCGAGGCGUCCGCCGUGCUGGCGACGCUGCCCGAAGGCUGGUCGGCGGGGCUGCUGGCGCCGUUCCUGCGCGCGGCGCUGCGGGGCAGCCUGCACGCGCGGCGCACCGCGCAGGCGCAGCGCGGGCUGGCGUGCGCACAGAACCUCGCGCUGCGCAAGGAGAAGGCCUCUCUGUGCCUGCGGCCCGUGGUGCUCACGGAGCGUACCAUCUGCCCCAUGUGCCAGGGGGUGUUCUCCGAACCCGAGUUUGCGCGCUACCCCAGCGGUGCGGUGGUGCACCCGGCGUGCGCCCGCCAGCGCUCGGUGUGCCCCAUCACGGGCCACGUGUACUCGCCGUGACGGCGCCCACCCGCCCCGUCCGUCCGUCCACUCCAUUGUGUCGUAAAACUUUAAAAACUAUUGGCCAAGCCGCUGCUUGGCUGCGGCGUCGUCGGACCCAAUUCGCCACGAGUCGAGGAUUUCGCCAAUUAUUAUUUUUUUUUGCGCGGAAACUUUGUGACAGAGCGAACAAGAAGACCAGGGCUUUAAUGUCAGCUGGAUCGGUUUGGGUCAGCGACCGGGGAAAAAUGUUUCCACACCCGGCAACAUCGCAUCCAGGUAUCCAUCUCGCUGUGGCUGUGGUCGCUGGUCACUUGCACACCUGCUCCAGUCUGCCAGUGACCCGGAAAAUAUUCCAUUAGGGGAAUUAAGCCCUGAGAAGGACCCAACUGCGAAUUCUACCCUGCCAAAAAAUACUCGAUUAUGAUGAUGACGACGACGCGGGGCCUGAAGUCAUGAAUUUAAAGAAAUGUCUCCCUCUUGGCGAUGAACGGAAGGGUUUGCCCUCGCCGGAAACAAACCACGACCAUAUCCUCAAUUAAUGAUUUUACUUUCCUAACCUUGGUUUUGCGAUAUAUCCGCGAGCGACGUGUCGUGGGAUCGCUCACCUGUGCAUGCGGAUGGGGGGCAUGCCGCUAAGCGGUAGUCGCUGCUCGUAGGGACGCGCAUAUCAUGAGAGCAGGGCUGGGGAAUCUUUUCUUUGCCGAGGGCCAAAUAGAACUGGCACAUACAUGUGGCGGGCAACAGCACUUGAAAAACACACACACCUUAGACAUAUAUGUAAUAAUAGCGUACAAAAAUAAUUGAGGAACACCUAUAAUUUUAGAAACGCAGUGCUGCCAGGUGGAAAAAUAUUGCCCUCUAGUGCCCGAUGAGAUGCUUGCAGUAACAAUGAAUUGCGGGCCACUGUUCGGAGGUAGUUAGGCCCCUUUGGUGGCAGCCGGCCAUAUGAAACAAAGUAAUGGGCUACGUCUGGGCUGCAUCGGCCAUAGGUUCCUCACCCCUGCUUAUAAAGUAAUUACCAGAGUGAUUGUGGCAAAUAUAGGACAGACGUAGAGAGACGCAGCUCGCUGUCGGCUCAUCGUGUUUUGUUUUAUGAUCGAUUGCUACUGCCGUCCAUUUGGUCCUCAUCUGAAGAGGGGGAGACCCCUUGGCUCUGGCCAGCCGGCCUCCGCGAGCUCGGCAUAGACCGUAGAAUUGUCCGGCUCUUGUCGGCUCUGGCCUAGAUGUGAACGUGACUCGUCCAGCUUUGCACGGCGUCGUGUUGUGUAGCGUCGUGCUGGAUCGUGCGGCUGCAGAGAGUGGAGGGUGCCACCGUCAAAUUGUGACCCCCAGGAGAAGAGUGAUACGCCCGAUUAAUUAUUAAGUAGACGUGUAAUGACUCGUCGAUUAAAAUAGAUUCAUAUGCUCACAGCACACGCUUAAAAUUGCACACCUCAGAAUUUAUUGUUUACAAUUUAUGAUAAUUAUAUACUCAUAUCAGCGUGUAGUAAUUGAAACAACGAGACGAAAAAUAUGCGGUAGACUAUUAACAGAACAACGGUAAGAACGGGACAAAACAAAAUUAAUUCUUUACUUGAAUCGUGACAGUAUUCAUUGGAUCACCAUGAAGGUGAAUUGCCACGUGUCCUUUCUAGAUUUGAAGUUUUCGUGACUGCAAGGGUCCAUACUCUUUGGUUUUUUCGAUCAAGUCACGUAGGUAAAAAAUAAAAUAAAUAAAAUCACGACGUUUCGGAGGCAACACAAGCCUCCGUCUUCAGGUGGCACCGUCACAGCAAAAUUGCUGUAUCAAGUGGGGAGAACUCUAAGAGACACGAGACUAUGUCACAUGUCCGUCACUCGGUGUUGAGCCGUGUGGUGACGAGACCAGGUGAGUAAGCUGUGCGAUUUAUUGCGGAAUUGUGGGACUUAGGCGAGGGGGGGGUGGCUUAUUGAUAUAUAUUUUUUUACCAGCGAGCCAAGGUAAUGACAGGUGAUUUGAGGUGCGUGUUGCUUUGGGGGCCCAUGUUGAGUUACCAAGGGGGCAUAUGGACGGUUGCCCCCUUUCCAAAAUCUUUGGGGUGCGAAGCUGCCCCCUGUGACCUAUGGUCUCACAGCCAUGACAUGCAAGCCUGCUGAUUAUAGUUGACACGUAGCACACUCUUAAUAUGGUUGAUAGGGUUAAUAUGACACUUUUCCUCCACGAUGGCAGGGCUAUAAUUGGCAUGGGUCCUCGUGGGAAGGAGAAUUAAAUGCCCGCCCUCUUAAUUUGUAGCAUGGCAGAUCGCCCCUCUGGUCCGUGGGCACUGGUAGCUUCGCCACUGAUGGUCACCCCACUUACGAACACGGCGGUUUGGAUGUGGGCCACACGGCAGGACGGAUGGCUGGAGCAAAACACUCGUCGGCUUUGGAGAGGGAUAGCUGAUCAGUGGCAGUUCAGGCGAAGUACUCUAAGAUUGCAUCUGUGCUGUAUGUGUUUGUGUGCAUUGGGGGGCUAGUACAAUGUGGUAGCGCACUGCGCUACGAACCCGGUGACUUGUUUAAUUCCCAGCUGUGGCUAACGGUGAUAAGUGUAUAAUGCAGUCCUGGUCCUCCCCUAGAUAGACUCGGCCUUAAAUGAGUACAGUACCUAGUUCUGUGUGUAAAUAUAAACACUGGGGAGACAAAAACUCAAUAAUGAGGCUGCCCACACUACUCCCUCGUGUGCCGAGGUUACCUUAAUAGGUGAUCGCUAACAGCGCUUACCCCAAUAGCCGAUAAGGCUAUGCGGGGGUAUUUUGUGUGUGUGUGAGCAGGUUUGCUUGUGAGUUCAUGGCAUGUUACAAAAGAAUGAGUGAUGCGGAGUAUGCGUGGCUGUGUAGUGUGCCCUUUGGUUAUCUGUAUGAACGUGCCUUGUCAUUGUACGUGGGGAACUUUCACACCUCCGAUUAGCACGGUUGGCUACGCAGAAGUUGUACGUACAUAGAUACAACUUGUUGAAGCCGAUGCAUCUCCCAGUAAAUCCCAGGUAGUUAACCCAUUACAUCUGGUUCCGGCCCAUCGCCUGCCACCUAACCCUGGCGCAGAACUGCUGUGGUGAUGCCACUCGGUGGCGAAUGGUGGCCGUUGUACAUGCAUGUGGUACACUCUUCAUAACACCUGGUUCCGACCUAUCACCUGCACCUAACCUGGCACACAGCUGCUGUGGUGAUGCCACCCGGUGGCGAAUGGUGGCUGUUGGAGAUGCAUGUGGUGCGCGCUUCACCUGGAAUUGCGUCGGAUCUCGGAAGCUCAGCAGGUUUGUGCCCGGAUACCGCUUCUUGGGUCGAUGACCACCGAGCACAAAUCGGGUGUCAUGGGGCUUGCGGGUCGGUGCUUGGCAGUAAAAGAGCGCAGUGCUUCCGUUCUUACACUCGCCAAUCUUCCCGGCCUUAUCCGACCACUGCCCAGCAUGGUCAGGUAUUGUCAAGUGACCCCACGACCCGCCCAGGUGUGGUGGAGGCCCUCAUCCAAAAGUGGAUUGAUAACAAGGGCUCUUUAUGUAUGGUAUGUAUAUACUAAUGUAUGAAUGUGCAUCUGUCAGGGUCUGUGACGAUGGGCCAGUCCAAAGUUCGCAGAAUUAUUACAUUCACAACGAUAUCAAUCCUCUUCUUGGUUCUUUCGGUAAAGUCACGUAGAAUGGAAAUAAUACAAUAAUAA